AUGGAGCCUGUUGUCCAUCCUAUCUUUGAAAAGCAAACGUCAACAUGGCAGUACAUCGUCGCCUGUCCAAAGACCCGUGAGGCCAUGAUCAUCGAUCCUGUACUAGAUUUUGAUCCGACCAAGUUGACGAUAAGCACUCAAUCCGCCGACGAGCUCCUUGAUAUUGCCAUGUCAGAGGGUUACAAGAUCGUCCGGUUACUCGAAACGCAUGCACACGCAGACCACCUGACGGCAGCAUAUUACCUCCAGCAGAAACUUCUGAGCACGACCGAAAGAAGAGUCCCCAUCUCUACCGGGCAUCGAAUCCGACAGGUUCAAGAGACGUUCGCGAAGAAAUACGGGGUCCCCGUCCAGGAUCUAGAAAAUGUCUUCGACCAUCUCUUCAAAGACGAUGAAGAAUUCCAGCUCGGCGACUUGACAGUGAAAGCACUUCAUCUACCAGGCCACACUCCCGAUCAUAGUGGAUAUCAGGUUGGAAGCAACGUCUUCACCGGAGAUUCGAUCUUCAAUCCGGACGUCGGCAGUGCACGAUGCGACUUCCCCGACGGGGACGCGCACAAGCUCUACGAAUCCAUGAGCAAACUCCUUUCUCUGCCUCCUCAUUUCAAACUGUACACAGGACAUGAUUACCCUCCUUCAGCCCCCUCGGAGUCCCAAGCCGGGUCGCAGACGAGUCGCGAUCCCUUGCCGUAUGUCACCGUGGAGGAACAACGAAGGCACAACAAGCAUGUAAAGGAGGGAACCAAGCUGGAGGACUUUGUACAGUGGAGGCGCGAGAAAGAUUCAUCUUUGAACGAACCCCGGCUGUUGCAUCAGGCGUUGCAGGUCAAUAUCAGGGCGGGACGAUUGCCUGCCAGCCCGGAUGGUAGCCAAAGGACGUUCCUACUUAUGCCGAUCAAGAUUCCUCAUAUGUUGGCGAGUUCGAAAUCACAGCUUUGA